CCGGAGCCGCCGCCGCCAUGAAGGAUGUGCCGGGCUUCCUGCAGCAGAGCCAGAGCGCUGGGCCCGGCCAGGCCGCCGUGUGGCACCGCCUGGAGGAGCUCUACACCAAGAAGUUGUGGCACCAGCUCACGCUCCAGAUCCUGGAGUUCGUGCAGGAUCCCUGCUUUGCCCAGGGCGACGGGCUCAUCAAGCUUUAUGAAAACUUCAUCAGUGAGUUUGAGCACAGGGUGAAUCCUCUGUCUUUGGUAGAAAUCAUCCUUCAUGUAGUUAGACAGAUGACAGAUCCUAAUGUUGCUCUUACAUUUCUGGAAAAGACUCGUGAAAAGGUAAAAAGCAGUGAUGAGGCGGUAAUCCUGUGUAAAACUGCCAUAGGCGCUCUAAAACUGAACAUUGGAGACCUCCAGGUCACAAAGGAAACAAUUGAAGAUGUUGAAGAGAUGCUUAACAAUCUUCCGGGUGUGACAUCAGUGCACAGUCGUUUCUAUGACCUUUCCAGCAAGUACUAUCAGACAAUCGGAAACCAUGCAUCCUACUACAAGGACGCCCUGCGGUUCCUGGGUUGUAUCGAUGUAAAGGACCUGCCAGUGUCUGAGCAGCAGGAGAGAGCUUUUACCUUGGGCCUGGCAGGACUUCUUGGGGAAGGCGUCUACAACUUUGGGGAAUUGCUCAUGCACCCUGUGCUGGACUCCCUGAGGAAUACGGACAGGCAGUGGCUGAUCGACACACUUUACGCCUUCAACAGCGGGAAUGUCGAGAGGUUCCAGACUUUGAAGCCUGCCUGGGGCCAGCAGCCGGAUCUGGCCGCCAACGAGGCCCUGCUCCUGCAGAAGAUCCAGCUGCUUUGCCUCAUGGAGAUGACUUUCACACGCCCGGCCAAUCACCGGCAGCUAACCUUUGAGGAGAUCGCCCAGAGUGCCAAGGUGAAGGUGAACGAGGUGGAGCUGCUGGUGAUGAAGGCCCUUUCAGUGGGUCUGGUGAAAGGCAGCAUCGACGAGGUGGACAAGCGGGUGCACAUGACCUGGGUGCAGCCUCGAGUGCUGGAUUUACAGCAGAUCAAGGGCAUGAAGGACCGCUUGGAAUUCUGGUGCACGGAUGUGAAGAGCAUGGAGAUGCUGGUGGAGCACCAGGCCCACGACAUCCUGACCUAGGUGCUCUGGGCAGGUGUGGUUCUCGCAGGAGCUUCCAGGGCCUCCCCCGGACCCCUUUGGUGUGUGAGGGAAAGACUUGCCUGCGGCCUGUGCUCACAGUGGUCAUUGCUGGGGUGUGCCCACCCAGGAUCCAUGGGGGGCUGGGGGUGGGGGGCACUGGCCUGCUUCAGCCCCAACCCAAAGGCAGGAGCUCAGGGCCCUCCAGUAGUGCAUAUUGGUUUUUCUCCCCUUGGUUCUGACCUCCUCCUGUACGGGUCUGUUUUAUGGUGUGGUACAAGAAUAUUGCUGGAAUAAACACCUGUAACUUUCC